AUGGUUUUUGAAGAGAAGCACAAAAGUUUGCUUCUCAUGACUAUUGUUACGCUUUCACUCACAGCCUCUCGUCUUUCUAUAAUACAACAUGCUCUUACUCAACUUCAAAUUCUUGCUUCGCGUUUCUUAUCACCUCCCCCGCAUAGAAAACUUCACACCAAACAGAUUCACGCCGAGAUAGAUACAAAACGAGAAAAGAAAUAUUGUUUCCAAACAAAACCAAAUGUAUUUACUCCAUUUCGGAAUUGUUUCAUUCAUUUAAAGAAAAAAAAACCAGCUCAAGUUGUGAUCAACUCACGCGAUAAGAAGAGCAAAAAAAUGAGGGAUAGAGAAACAAAUUAUGCUUUCCCAGAUUUGAUGUUCUUCACCGACAUGCUGCUCGCUCAUUCUGAAAUAUUAAAAAUCUUCCACUCUGACGACUUUUUUUUCACUUAG